AUGUUUACAAACUGUAAAAAGGUCCACAUUUCUCAUUCAUGUCUCCCCCAAUCAUAUUCAUAUCCAAUAUUUUUCUUUAUAUCUAUUCAACCCAUCAAUUCUUUCUUUCAUUCCAUCCCUCCCCCCAACACCCUCCUCUCCCACGCCCCGGCCUCCACCCGCAUUUCCAUUUCUUCCAUUACCUUCAGAUCUCCAGCUUCGGAUGCUUUCCAACACCAACCAGCAAGAAGGCUUCUAGGAGAAGUUCAAGCUUUGCUCAAUCACACGGAUUUUGGUUUCAGAACUUUCGAGGAGAAGCAUGAGUUCGUCUGUGAAGGGAAACAAUAGGAUGUCCAUUGCUAUGGAGAGAACAGGACAGUGGAUUUUCUCUCAAGAUAUUCCAACCGAUGUUGUCGUUGCGGUCGGUGAAGCACAUUUUCCUCUUCACAAGUUCAUGUUGGUAGCAAAGAGCAACUACAUACGAAAAUUGAUAAUGGAAUCGACGGAGGCGGAUCUAACAAGGAUCGAUCUGACGGACAUCCCCGGCGGCGCUGAAAUUUUCGAGAAGGCAGCCAAGUUCUGCUAUGGUGUCAACUUUGAGAUCACAGUGCACAAUGUUGCGGCGCUACGAUGUGCUGCAGAGUACUUGCAAAUGACAGACAAGUAUUGCGACAACAACCUCGUUGGUCGGACCGAAGAUUUCCUCUCCCAAGUGGCUCUCUCCAGCCUCUCUGGAGCCAUUGUUGUUCUUAAAUCUUCCCAUCAUCUCCUUCCCAUGGCUGAAGACCUUUACAUUGUCCAUAGAUGUGUGGAUGUUAUCAGUUCCAAGGCUUGCAAUGAGGCAAACUUCCCAAGUCGAUCACCACCAAAUUGGUGGACAGAGGAACUAACAAUAAUCGACAUAGAAUUCUUCGCCAAAAUCAUCACCGCCAUGAAAUCUUGCGGCGCCAAAGCCUCCACUCUCUCCGCUGCAUUAAUCACCUACGCCGAGAGAUCUCUCCGUGAUCUAGUCCGCGACCACUCCGGCACAACUCUCCGAUCCUCAGCCACCCCCAGUUACUCCGUUGACAACGAUUCCGACACCAGAAUCAAACAACGCCACCUCCUAGAAUCAAUCGUAUCUCUCUUACCUUCAGACAAAGCCGCAUUCCCAAUCCACUUCCUAUGCUGCCUUCUCCGAUCAGCAAUUUACCUGAAAACCAGCACUGGAUGCAAGAACGAACUGGAGAAACGGAUAUCGAUGGUUCUUGAACAUUUGAGCGUGGAUGAUUUGUUGAUGGUGUCGUUCACUUACGAUGGAGAGAGGCUGGUGGAAUUGGAAAGUAUAAGGAGGAUAAUAAUGGGGUUUGUGGAAAAGGAGAAGAGUGUGGCGGUGUUUAGUGCCGGAGAUUUGAAAGAGAAUUGCUCUGUUGCGAUGCAGAGAGUGGCGAAGACAGUGGAUGCGUAUUUGGGAGAAAUUGCUACUUAUGGUGAACUCAGUAUAUCAAAAUUUAAUGGGAUUGCUAAUAUUAUUCCCAAAUUUGCUCGCAAGGUUGAUGACGAUCUUUAUCGAGCCAUUGAUAUAUAUCUCAAGGCACACCCAAAUCUUGAUGAGAUAGAACGGGAGAAGGUAUGUAGUGUGAUGGACCCUUUAAAACUAUCGUACGAAGCUCGAGUACAUGCUUCACAAAACAAGCGGUUGCCCGUCCAAAUAGUUCUUCAUGCUCUCUACUACGAUCAACUGAAGCUAAGAAGCGGCACCCCCGAUGACCGGAAGAGCACCCAAGAGGACGCUGCUUCCAUGGCAAGGACUCAAGCUCAGGCAGACGUGUCAUUAGUGAAAGAGAAUGAGGCAUUGAGGUCAGAAUUGAUGAAGAUGAAGCUCUACAUAUCUGAUAUGCAAAGGAGUUCUCAAGGAACAUCUUCCAUUAAAGUACCAACCUCUAGAUCCAAGGGCACCUUCUUCUCCUCCGUCUCUAAAACGCUUGGGAAACUAAAUCCCUUCCGUCACGGAUCAAAAGACACUUCUAACAUCGAUGAUGGCAUCGACAUUACCAAACCCAGGAGGAGAAGAUUCUCUAUAUCUUAAAUAGAAACUUGUGUGCAUUUUGGGUUGUUCUUGAAACAUAAAUUCGUUGUGUUUAUUUGUGAGAUUGAUAUUCUUCUUCCAUUUUGCUCUCUGUUCGUUUUGUAUAAAGUUGGCUUCUUUUACUCCUUUUAAAGUUGGUGUUUCAAUGUUUUGUUGAAUUUGUGUUGUGAACUACACAUUUUAUAGUAAUUAAGCAUACAUAAUUCCUAUGUUUCUUUAAUAA